AUGGUGUCUACGGCUAUCAAGAUAUCGAGCGGAGGGAAGCCUGUCAAACUUUGCGCUGCGCAAAGUUCACUACACGGCGAGCCACCCCGCAAAAAGGAAUUGUUUACACCUGAUACAAGGCCUACCAGCUUGCGCAACCUGUACGAGAAGGCGACCACGGACCGGCUCUCGGCCUCCAUACUCGACCAGCUGAGGAAGGACUCCCAACAUUCCCCCUACCUGCUCUGCACGCCCGUGCUUAGUUCCAAGAGGCGGAAGUUGUAUCAGAAAGUCGAUGUGGAGAUUGAGACGCAUGUUCCGUCAGUGGUAGAGCACCUUCGGAAAUGGACAUCAAAAGAGGCCGUGGGCGACGUGACAGCGUUGCCAGAUGCGUCCAUGCGAAUCCAGAGCUCCGUGACAUUAACCCCUGACGAGCUGUCGGAAUGCGGCUCGGGAGACGAUGAGCCUAUCGACCACAGGUUGCCUAGCCCCGAGGAACAACUGAGAGUCAUCGCUUCCAAAUUCCCCCCGGAAAUGGUCGCGAUCGACACGUCGGGCAAGUUCUUCGACCGCAUGUGCAGCUCGCGCAAGUCGCUGCACCUAGAGCCCGCGCCCGGCGAGACGGACACGGUCAAGCGGCGCACGCGCGCGAGGAAACCCCGCGGUAAAAGACGCAACACCAUAUCCGGCACUGAUCAGAAAGAGCUUAGAGAGGCUAUAGCUGGCGAUACAUCAAAUGCCGCGGCUACCGAAGAUAUCGAAGAUAGCACUGUCAUCAGGUCGCGCUCUAGCGACCUUCUUAAGAAGAGUCCUAUUGACCCUGUGACUAAGAAAGGACACUUCAAUACUCUCAAAGAAUGGGGUAGGAGCCGACUGAAAAUGAUCGGUAGAUCUCCGAGUGCCAGCAGAGAUAGCUUUAAGGACUCCUUAAAAGUUGACAAGAAAGAUGCAAAGUCGCCCACUAGACAAGAAGAUAAAGAAGUACAAGAAACUGUGACUAUGCGUAAGAAACGCCAGGGAGAUGAAGACAGAAGAACGCAUCAAAGAUGUGCCUCGUAUUCCUCUUCCGAAAAGAGCAUAGGGUUGCCUGCGGCACAAACAACUGCAACCAUUAACGUAGGAGUCAAAUUACGGGGAACGUCAGCUCAAAGAAGACAAAGGCGAUCAGCCAUAGGCAAAGAUGAACCACAUUCGUCUAGUGGUAACUGGUCGGCCAGCUCAGAGUCUGGUCGAACCAGUAUAGGGUCAGAAAUAACAUCCACCACAGUGCCACCUCGAAGUACAACAUCGGCCGCGACAUCUAAUAACUCACUUAAUUUCCAUCACGGUCCACCGAGCUCAAUUAUUAGUAGAAGAAGAUUCCUUAACACUUCUGGAUCAGGCAGCGUUACUAGCGAAGGAACUCUCACACCUGACAUCAUACACGAUUUACACGAGGAUCUAGAAACAAGUUCCGAGUUUUCUUGUGAUACAGAAGGGUACUACACUUCAUUCCAUAUGGAUUCAGGGCUGAAAACUUUAAAAGAAGAAGAAAUAUCUCCUAGCACGCCAAUGCAUACCAGCAACGCCCUCUCCAACUCGACUGGCAGCCAGACUGCUGAGAACGAAUAUGAACUAUUUGGUAAAGGAUCGACUAGCACUACUACAAGCUCCGCUGGAACUGUUUGCACGACGCUCAUGGCUGCUGGAAGUGAUAGAUCUCUUGUAAUUGGGCCGAAAGUACCAGAAAGAAAGAGUUCACUUACAAAAUUAAACCGCAGCAGAAACAACGUUCACAGUGCAAAUGCUAGUUUGGACAGAAGCAUGAGUUCCUCAUUCUCCAAAUCUCCAUAUAGCAGCCUAAGAUACAAUCCUAGCCGUUCUUAUACGGAAAAGCCAAUGUAUAACCAUUCCUCGCCUGAAAUCAACCAAGUGCCAACUUCUACAAUAACUAUAACUAGAAACAUCGGAAAUAAUAGAGAAAUGACAGCAGUAGCUGAAAUCCAUACAGAAACUGAUCUUGAAAGUGCCAAGAAAAGUACAGGCACCAGUUCUCCUGACUCAGGUCAUAAUACUUCUAGUUCUCCAAUCGAAGACUCCGUGUCCAGCGCUCACGGAAAGAAUAGUCUGUCUGAACAAGAUUAUUCAGAAUCCUCAGAUUUAGAAGGAACUGACAGAAUAGAGAGAAUAAGAUAUAAAACUACAAUCAAUAGUUCCAGAAUUCCUUCACUCUGUGUCAUUACUCCAACUAAUUCUGACGACGAAAGCGAAACAAGCAACAAAGAGAUCGAUAUUUGUAAAAAGCAAGAUACAGAGAAAGAGACGACAUUUAAGAAAUCAAACAGCAGGCCUAAACUAGAUCUACCUGUAGAAGAAAAACCGAAAGAACCAAAACAUAUUACCGAACUGACUAAAUCAAGCAAACCUCAUACACAACUAAAUUUAAAGCCAUUCAAUAAUUUAAUGUGUAAGCUCAAAGGAGUGCUUCCAUCUAAAUUGUCAAACAAAAAGUCACCUGUGCCAAAAGAAACAAAUUUGUCGGAUCACAUUUACGAUUCCGGUGACUAUGUAACAAUUGCCGACGUUAAAAAUAAUAACCAAAAACUUUGCCUUAACAAAGGUAUUUAUGGAAGUACUGAUAUGGUAAGGAAAAACUUGCAAACAGUUUUAUCUGGGAAGCUACCGGAAACUGAAUACGUUUCUUUAAAUGAAUUGCCAAAUUGCUUAAGUGAAAGUAAAGACUUCUUAGAACAUGGAUUACAUGAAGCACCAACGCCUGCUUUAGAAGAAUUCCAGAAGAAAGGCGCUAAAGUAACUUUAGAUUCUCAUGGCCAAGUUAUUUACUCAUCCGACACGCUCAAACGCAGAAAAGGAGCGCAUACUACUUUUGAACCGGGACCAUUCGUUCAGGAAAUAAACGCCACCACUGCUGUCGUUCAGAGAGAAAUGGCAGAUGUCGUUCAAAUAAGUGAUGAGACUGACUUCCCUUACGAACCUCCUCCAGCCACGAGUAAACCGACGUCUCCACAACUAGGAAAAGUUAUUAUUAAAGCUCCGACACUUCCUGAUGGUCCUGUGACAACAGAAUUUGUGACUCUGCCAGCUCCUAAACCGAGUACGAUAAUCACCGCCACACCUGUCACCGAAACACCUACAACUCCGACGACACAACAACCGCCCAAGGCUAUUACUAGAAAUCCUCAAGAUAUACCGCGAGUAGUAGAAGUAAUUCCUAGGCCCGGGGCGUAUGUUAAUAUACACGAUGCGGAGGGCGUCAGCUUGUCGCCGACGAAAGAUGAUUUAGCAGACUGUCGACAUUCCAGUGCUGACAAGCCCUACUCGAAUCCACCGCUAACAGUAGUCCAAAAGGGUCAAAGAGUAGAAUUCAACACGAUCAAUCCCACCACUUACAAAUACCAAACAGCCCACUUGCGGGGCAAACAUGGAGUAGUCAAUUACGAGAAUCCAGCAAACCCACCGGCGAGACAAGAGCCAGUGUUCUGGACACUUCCGAAGCGAAGCACCCUAGAGCCGAGCGCUCGACGACCCAUCACCGACGCACGCACGAUCUUCAACUAUCCUCCCAACGUUGCUACUGCCUCUUCACGUUUAACUGAAAAGCCAGCAAAUUCUCAACCCAUCCAACCUAAUGACGACUCUAUUAAAAUUUCACCCAUAGACCCUCGAACGACGGGUUCCUUCAAAUCUUCAACCCCGUCCAGCAAAGAGAAUGUAGUUGAUCUUUCUUCGAAGCUACUUUCUCCGGUGAAAUCAACAAUGACGAACGAAGAGCUCUAUGCAGUUAUACAUAAGAGUAAAAAGAAGCUUAACAUAAGAGAUGGCGCUGAAAGAUCAGAAUCGCCGGCGUUGUCUACUACUAGUUUAUCACCAGUCAAUUCCGAAAAUUCAUUAUACCUUAAAGGUACUCAGCGCCAUCCAGAGACAGGCUAUCUAGGAGACCCGAGAACCAGAAACAGUUGGUCGCCAGCAGAGAGGCAACACGUUAUGGCGGCUCCUAGUCGCGGUUAUGUGAUGCAAAACCAGGCCACUACCUGUGCAGAUAGAUACGGUCCCGUCCCUCAAACAUCGAGACUUGAUUUCAAGAAGCUACUCUUGCAACACAGCGUCAAACUUAACACUCUUAGCCCUCAAAGUAAAUCUAACAAACUCUCUGCGGUGGAACAGCUGAAGCUGUCUAAAGAAAAAACUGAACUGCUACCUCCUCUCCAACCUCCUCCAACCAACAGAAGCAAAAUUAAUAUCCUCGACUUAAGCGGAUCGCCUAAGACUUACACACAACGUAAAAUAAUAAAACCUCAACCCCAGCCCGCCUCACCAGGCAGAACGAAUGCUUUAAUCAAAGAACACAAGAACUCACCCAAAAUACUUCUCUCCCCUAAGUCACAAUGGCGAUUUUCGAGCCCCAGAUCAGACGUUCUCUCUACGCCAAUACCAGAAGCGAACAACGAAGAUGAAAACUCUAACAGUUCUGCAGAGAAACACGAUAGCUCACCAAACAACGUACCGAGCAAAACAGUACCCAUAGUCACUAAUCAGCACUUCGGGGCCAGAAGAAACCUGAUCCCGAUAAAUGAGAAUACUCUAGAAGCCGACAACGAUUUCCUCGAGCCAGCCGACCACGGAGUGUUCCCGAUUGAUUCUGAUUUCGGUAGAUUACACGGAUUAUCUCGAACAGAAUUGCUGCAAGCCAAGCGAGCAGAAUUCUUCAGCAGCCCACCCGAGUCGUCUCCGCCUAAAUUUUCUUCAUUCAAGAGUCCCACUGCAGGGGCGACCUCUACUCGUAGCAAAUCAUCUCCAGAACGAGGAAAGACUUCACCCACCACCUUAGAAACAGCAUUAUGAUAUUUCUACUAACGCAUUAAAACUUAAGCGGUGCUUAGUUUUUUUUACUACACAACAAUAAAAUUUAUAGAAGCUUUAUUCUAGUCUAUUUGCUUAAAGUGCCAUUUGUGCCGGCACCACUGUAUCGCCUACCAGUGACUUGUCUACGAUAAGUUUUUUAAGCUCAAAAGAUUUGUUAAUAUGGUCUUGAGGGGCCAAUGUUUUAUGAACUGUAUUGUAAAUAGUUCAAGUUUACAACUACUUAGUUUAUAAACUAGUUUGUAAGUAUUUAUUGAGUACCUUAACCAGUACUGUUCAAGUAGUGUUAAAACUUUUUGAAGUUAUUAGGAUACAAUUUUAAUAAAACGUGUUAAAUA